AUGAAGACACAAUGGAAGGAUAUCCCAGUCAUUCCCAACUACUCGCAGAUGACCGACAUUAUUCUGUCGUCCACCCAGAGGAAACUGCCGACGCAGAUUCGCGCCGGUUUCAAGAUCAGCAGAAUCAGAGGCUUCUACACCCGUAAGGUCAAGUUCACUCAGGAGACCUGCUCGGACAAGCUUGGCCAGAUUAUCGAGUCUUUCCCCCGCCUCAACGACAUCCACCCGUUCCAUCGCGAUCUCAUGAACACCCUGUACGAUGCCGACCACCUCAAAAUCGCUCUUGGCCAGAUCUCGACCUGCAAGUCGCUCAUUGAGAGUGUGGGUCGUGACUACGUCCGUCUUCUGAAGUACGGCCAGUCUCUGUACCAGUGCAAGCAGUUGAAGCGCGCUGCCCUUGGUCGCAUGGCUACACUCAUUAAGAGACUCAAAGACACCUUCCUGUACCUCGAGCAGGUCCGCCAGCAUCUUGGCCGUCUGCCCUCCAUCGACCCCAACACUAGGACGCUCGUCAUUUGCGGCUUCCCCAAUGUUGGAAAGAGUUCUUUCUUGAAGUCCGUGUCUCGCGCCGACGUCGAUGUUCAGCCGUACGCCUUCACGACCAAGUCCCUCUUCUGUGGUCACUUUGACUACAAGUACCUACGUUUCCAGUGCAUUGAUACCCCCGGAAUCUUGGACCACCCUCUUGAGGAGAUGUCCACGAUCGAGAUGCAGUCCAUCACAGCCCUUGCUCAUUUGCGCUCAGCGGUCAUGUAUUUCAUGGAUCUCAGUGAGCAGUGCGGCUACUCCGUCGAAGCCCAGAUCAACCUCUUCGCCUCGAUCAAGCCCCUCUUCUCCAACAAGCUCGUCUUCCUCGUCAUCAACAAGAUCGACAUCACCAAGGUUGAGGACCUCGAUGCCGAGACGCAGGAGAAGCUUCAGGGCCUGCUCAAGUCGGGCGAGGUCGAGAUGCUGCAGCUGUCUUGCAACACUCAGGAGGGCGUUCAGGACGUCAAGAACGCCGUCUGCGAGCGCCUCAUUGCUGAGCGCGUCUCGCAGAAGCUGAACGCCGGUACCACCAGCAGCGGCGCCAUCGGCGGCCGCCUGGCUGACGUCAUGUCGCGCAUUCACGUCGCGACUCCGAUGGGCGGCCAGACGCUCCAGACUUUCAUCCCCGAGGGCGUCAAGAACCUCAAGAAGUACGACAAGACUGACCCCGAGCGCAGGAGGCUUGCGCGGGAUGUCGAGGAAGAGCAGGGCGGUGCUGGCGUGUUCAACGUCGACCUCCGCGCCGACUACAUCCUCGCAAACCCCGAGUGGAAGUACGACAAGAUCCCCGAGAUCUUCGACGGCAAGAACGUCGCCGACUUUAUCGACCCCGAUAUCGAGGCCAAGCUCGCCGCCCUCGAGGAGGAGGAGGAGAAGCUCGAGGCCGAGGGCUACUAUGACUCGGACGAGGAGAUCGAUGACGAGGAGGAGGCCACCGUGCUCGCCCAGGCGGAGCUGAUCCGCGAGAAGCAGGGACAGAUCCGCAACGAGGCGCGCAUGAAGAAGCGUCUCAAGAACCAGGCCAUCAUCCCCCGCAAGAAGGUUCCCAUUCCCCUGUCCAAGAUGGACGACGCUCUCGACCAGCUCGGUGUCGACACGACCGACAUUGUGUCGCGCGCGCGCUCCCAGUCUCGUCCCCGUGGCCGCUCGCUCGGACGCAGCCGUGCCGGCACCGAGGACGCCGACGCCAUGGACCUCGACGCCACGCCGCGCGAGCGCCUCCGGUCGCAGAGCCGCGCCCGGUCUCGCAGCCAGGCUGCUGUCAACCGUCGCGAGGACGGUGUCGAGGAUGAGGGCAAGCGCACCACGGCUGAGCGCAUGGCCAAGCUGGGCCAGAAGAAGAUGAAUCGCAUGGCCAGGCAGGGUGAGGCCGAUCGUCACACUACGGCUUCGCUGCAGAGGCAUCUGCUCGCCGGCAAGCGUGGCAUGGGCUCCACGAGGAGUCGUUAA